GCUCUCCUUCUCAUUCUCCAUGCCUUUCCCCCUCUCUCUCUCUCUCUCAUAACAAGUCUCCCCCUCUCUCUCUACUCGUGAGUUUUCAGAGAUGGAGGGCAAACGGAGUGUUCUCCCUGCUUCUUUGCUGGUCUUGCUGCUGCUGGUUGCGGCCUCUGCUGUGGUGGUUGAUGCAAGGACCUGUCAGUCACUGAGCCACCAUUUCAAAGGGCGUUGUGUGCUUCACAACAACUGUGGCUACGUUUGCAGGACUGAGGGCUUCAUUGGAGGCAAAUGCAGAGGCUUCCGUGGAAGAUGCUUUUGUCUCAAGCCCUGUUAGAUUUUCUCUUACAAAUAAAAAGCCUCCACUCAAAACCCUUCUCUCUCUCUCUCUCUCGUUAUCACUUGUGGGUUCUUUUUUAUUUGUUUGGUUUCCUUUUCACCUGGUUUGUAGUUUUGAACUCUGUUUUGUUAUGGGUUUUGGUCACAAGGAGUAGAGCUUCUUUGUUAUCCUUAGAUGAAUGGAAGUGCUUAUGAUUCUCUGUUAC